UCACUGUACUAAGAUAAUGUUAGCUCAGUCGGAGUUACCCGAGUACCUGGGUAAACCUCGGUGUGAACGCUGACAUCUAUGAAAACAGGAUGAAAGGUUUGACAUGGUAGCCUCAGGCAUCACUUUUCAAAAUUCCGUGAAUAUUCUCUGAUAAAAAUAACUUUUCCCUGACUAAAUGAAUACAAAAAGUCACAUAUAGUAGCGUCCUCAAGCUUCCCCUUGCAGCCGUCAUCUCCACCCAUUCAUGUGAAACUGAUAAGUUUUUAACAAAUUUUCCUUGUCUAUCUGGGAAACACAUCGUUGAGAUCACAGUGACCUCACAUGUUUCCUCCAGCUCUCAAUAGAAGCAAAUCAGCCGUGUUAAACUAUUUCAAUUUUCCCUGACUCAAAAUAAAAUUCCUUGAUUUUUGCCUGACCUUGACAAUUUUUUUCCCGACCAAUUUUCCUGAUCUGUGGCAGCCCUAUGUGAGUGCUAGAGUAACGAGAACCCUCUUGCUGACAGCAACAAUGCCAAUAAGGGGACCUCCUCGUUUUGUAAACAUAGCCUAAAAGGUUUUAUUUCUUAAAUCACUAAUGGUACCUGCUCUUUAUAACGUGACAAGUCGUCAACUGGAAGAGAAAAUAAGUUAAUCUUAUCUUUAUUUUCAAUCCCUAAGCAAACAGAAAGCACGUCAAGAACUGAUCAGGAGUCAAGUUAAAACUUGAGAUGGAAUGGAGGUGGUUUAUGACAGAGAAAAUAAAAAUUUAAGCCAAUAAUUUGGAUAAUUUUUCGGCUUCUUUGUACCAGUACAGUUUAGAGCUAAGGUAAGACAGGGAGAGCGCGAUCGUGUGGGGAUUGGUGCCAAAGAUGGAGGUCUCUUCUCCAGUCUCCUCGCUGUCGCGCUUGCUCGUUUUUUCCAAGACUUAAGAUUUUGAUGGGUCAUCUAAAUACUCUUUUCUUAGUUGAUGCCACAAAGACUGCCCAAUUAAAGGGGUGUCGUUAUCAUUUCCGUGACUCAAUAGGUUACCACAGGCCUGCUAAAACAUCCCUAACUUUUGACAAAGUUUAAAAAAUCUGUACGUGGUGUUCAGAGCCACCUUUUAAAUUUAAAAUUUUUCGAAAAGUUAAGGUAGCUCGGAUAAAUAUUUCCCUCCCAUGAUGCAAACUAAAAAGGUAAUUACCACGUCAAAUUAAUAGCGCGGGUUUGAGCUUCUUUAUUUAGUCUGAAGUAGGAGUAUGGAUUUUGUCAUGAUUUUGCCUUUUGGGCCUGAAAGUGGGCACGUCUUUUAACGGGAACGUACGAUAAAGCGAUGAGUCUAACUGCUAGCUGAGCCAGGAUCCCAUUCACGAUCUCUUUCAACAAUAACACGCAACAAGACCGAUUAGGAUCCAAUUCAGACCUUCUUAUUACAGGUUUGAACAUCAGAUACAGUCGGAAAUAAACUGAACGGAACUCUAGAACUAUGUAGUGAAAACCCUUUCAAAAGAUGCUACGCUGAUAAUAUAAAUGCUAUGAUUGGGUGAUCCUCAGGGUCUGGAAACUCUUAAUCUGAUAGGUCUCCUACCUCGAAUGAACAUUCGGAGAGUGUAAGACAAAUUCUCGUAUGUGUUGUUGCUGUUGCUGUUUUGUUUUUCACAAAUACAACGAUUACACAGGACCCUGGGAAUGUCUAUUAAGCUUCGAGUGGAAGUUAUGGCUCCUCUUCAGUGCGAAUUUGUAGAUUUCAAAAUCCAGUCAUACCGAACGUGAGGCCAAGUGGUACUUGAAUAUUUGGUAGGGAUUAUACCAGUCUAUCAGAAGUAAAAACACCAAAGUGGAGACCGUCAGGAGCCGUAUGUGAUGGGCUGCUGAGAACAUAAGACAGCCUUAAUUGAUCUGGUUUGGCUAAGCGUAAGCCGUCUUUUGUUGUUUUUAUUGAGACAAAUAAAUUGUAAAGCAUUUUGUUCGUAAUUAACCCCUCGAGCCCCGAUAUCAACAUUGAAAUUCUCCUUAGGGAUAAGGGAACAUUUCGUACUAUACCAGUAACAAGGAUUCGCCGUUAAGAAAGAGCCCAGGUAACUUUUCAUUGUGAUGAUUUCCUUGAUGCUCACAAAACUGUACAAGUAUGGCCAUGCAUCGAUAUUAAUGGGAGAAACACAAUGCUGAUCACACUUAGGACUUAAAGGCUUAAUCCAGCUUGCACAAGAGAAUAUUGAUCUUUGUUAGUGUUUUGGCUUCCAUGAAGAUUCUCCUUCCGCUUGAGGUUUGAAAAACGAACCGCACAGCAAGAAAAAAAGACCACACAACUGAACAUGCAGCUACUCAUGAGCAUUGCUAAUGUGGACCUGAAGCAUUCGUUUCAGCAAGAACGCACUCAACGCAAAAUCUCUUCGUUUUUAACCUAACAAGCAUGACAGCGAUGGUAAAAAUGUUCCUUUCUACAAGAUCCGAAAAAAGAGUUCUGUUUCCCAAACUACAGCAAACACACAACUACAUUUUCACCAGUUCGUGCUGUUCAUGAGGAAUAAUCGAAGUAAAGACCUUUCUUGUGCACAAGAAUAAGAACAGACCUAAUCCCUAUUACAAACACUUUACAUAUUUAACAGUGAGUUGCUGAUGAUUUACGGAAAUCUUAAAACGUAUCCAUAUCCUGCUUAGCUACCACCACUGGGGUGAUAAUUACAGCAACAAGCACAUGGAUCACGCAAAACAAUAAGCGAUCAGUUAUUUCUCAAACGUAGUGGGCUUUAUUCGAAACGUUUGCAGAUGCAUUGUUUUCUCUAUUCGUUAUACAAACAGAAUUUCUGAAGAGAUCUUCACAUGCCUGAAUCGCCAGCGUUUCUUGCAUGCGUACGUACGUGAUAGCCUGUAAUCUUUCAGUCCUACGUUUCCGCUAUCUAGCUAAAUAUUUGUGGAAACUUACAUAUUUACCCUAUGUUAUAUCUGUUGACAAAUCUUUUAAGCUGAGCUGUAUGUUCUAUCUGGCCAACAGAUCAGUAUAUAUCUGGCACAAAGGCUAUAAAAGCUCCCUUUGGCCUUUUACUAGAUGCAGUGACAGAUUUGGCGUCACCAGUUUGCGGAACCGUUCCACUAAAGUUAACCGGUUGUGGAAGAUUACGUCAAUACGUGGAACGAACAUUUCUGGCCUUUCAGAAACCGUGUACUUGUAUGGGCGCUCUUCAGGUGACCUAAAAUAGGAAAGCCUUGUCAAACAUUAGGAAGUUGAGAGAUCUUAACCAUUCCAGUGCCAAGGAAUGAGCUUGUAACACAGAUAACUUCCUUCCUGAUAAAACAUCAAGGUUCCGCCAUCUGGCGCCAGCCCGCACGAUAUCUGGUCGCACUUCUGGCUGCAGCGCGUCAAUUCUAAUACAAACAAGCUGCAGAAAACUUUAAAAACAUAAACGCGUUACGGAGCUGGAGUAAAGAUAAGGCAGCAAAGUUGCCAUCAAGGUGAGGUGCACAACAUGAGGCAAAGGGCUGAUUGGAGAGUCGUUUUCGCUGCAUGUACAUUAGCGAUGCAAAUCACGACGGAUGCGGCAGGGAGCUCUACGUCGAUGAGUUACAUGUCAACAACGUCGUCAUCUUCAAACACGAAUUCUGGAGAUGCUCAAGCUUCUCCCAGAUUUGUGGACUCCAUCAGAAUGCAACAAACGUUCAUUGCGUGGCCAGCACGUCACACUGUUAGACUAAAGUGCAAAGCCAAUGGCUCAAGUCCUUUGAGAUUCCAGUGGUUAAAAGACGGAGAUCCUUCCAUACACAGGCGAUUACAGCCGAGGCUUAAGACAAACAUGUGGUACCUAAAACUUAAAGAUUUGGUACCCCUGGACUCGGGCAAAUACACGUGUGUAGUUUCCAACGCCUAUGGCUCAAUCAAUCAUACUUAUACACUACGAGUUGUAGAAAAAUCUCGAAGUAAGCCCAUUUUGAAGUGCGGUUCCCCAAGAAACACCAGCGUCCAGCUUGGACAAAACGCUUCGAUGACUUGCAUCGUCCUUGUCAGUGGAACACUUCCAGAUUUUAGAUGGGUAAAGUGGGAUGAUGUCCCCAGCACGUACCCCAAUUCACUUGACUUUGAAAGAGGUUCGUACACCCUUGUUGAUCCUGUGCAAUAUGAAACGGUUCACGUUGCAGGAAAGUACGGCGUUAAAGUGAACAUCAGAAACGCCACACCCAAAGAUUUUGGACUGUAUACGUGUUACGUUAGUAACCAUCUUGGUUCCGACUACAGGAGUGCGUUUUUAAGCGAGAAAACGGACAGGUGGAAAGGGUCAGAAGAGUCGCUUUCAGACACGACAGCAAAUCCUGAGAAAAACUACCUCGCGAAACAUCACAACACAGAAUCCUCGCUUUCUACAGAAACCAACGUUACAUUGGACAACCCAUCGCCUAAACCUGUGUUAUCUAGAUCCCGAGAGGCCAAGAUACCGCUCAGUGUGUUUAUAGGUGUACUGAGCACCUGGGCUGUCAUUACAACAAUCGCCCUUCUCUGGUGCCAUCUGUAUCAUAAGAGAAUCACAGCGACAAAGCCAGGAAUAGAGAUCUCGUAAAGCACGAGGGACUACAUCUUUCUGGCGAUCACCGGCAAUGUUGGACAAGAAUGAGCAUAUGUGACACUGUUAAAACCUGACGUUUGGGCAAGUUAUACCUGCCCGCACCUUACAGAUGUUGUUGUAGAUCGUGCCCAUGGAAGGGUUGUUUUUGCACAAGUAUAACUAUCGUGUAUUUAAUCUCGAAUUGUCUUAAUUAUAUAUCCGAAGUCGGUUCUACUUUGUUUUGCUGGUUAUUAAAGCCGGUGUUAAAAGUGUAUGUUCGACUUUAAAUGACGUGAAUUUGGGACAACAUGCAAAUGAUAACAUUUGUUUUCUUUUCGCCCUUUUACAACUAAACUACUGAUAAAUGAAUGUGUAUAUAUAGAAAAAUCCCUCCCCUGAUUCAGUUCCGCGCUGGCGGAUAAAAACUAACCAAAAUUUCAACGACGUAAAACGCAAAUUUAAGGUGUACCUUCUACCACAGACCAGUUUGAAAUCUUUGUUGGUGCGCAAAAUUCAGUUUCAUUUCAUUUGCGGGAAAUAUAGCAUGAGUUAAAGUGUCUUCUUGUUGCGAAAGUCAGUUCAGAAAUAAAUACAGUUCAGAAAAAUGUCCAGGUGUGCACGUUAAUAAGAUACAUACAGGUGUGUCCUCAUUCGUAAACAAGUCAUCAAAACACACAUAAUUUUCUCCGUGAAAUAUGGAGUAACCUAGCCUGUUACUAACAAUUUGAGGUAUUUAUCAGAAAGAGCAUGCAUGGAUCUCACUAGUGUGCAAUCCUCGACAUGAGUGCAACGGUCUCGGAGUGUUGUGAACUGAAAAAUUUUUAUUUCCCUAGUGGCCGAAAACUCCACUGCAAUUGUAUAGUUAGAGAAAAAAGACCCUAUUAGUUUUCUAAUAUACGAAAUCUUCAUGAAUCGAUCUUAUUUUUACAAAGUAACGUUUCAAAUGCCGCGAGUAAAAAUGAAAAUUGAAAACAAAUCAUCUUGCACCACGGCCGGGUAUCAAGGGUUCAAUACAAAUGCUGAAAGACCCAUAAUUGUGUAUUGUUGUGUCGAAAUUGUCUUUACUUGUGUUUGCCUCUCACGCAAUAUAGAAACUUGAUGGCCGAGUGUUCACGUUGGUGUCCCCGGUGCAAAGUUCUCUUUCAAGUACGCAGCAGGAGUGCAUAAUGGUGAUAGUAUUAAAAACAAGUGUAUUCAGGUUUUAUGUAUAAGUUUCAUUAAGAAUUUCCUUUUACUGAAACAGCUAGAUUCUUUCAGGUCUUAAUUUGCAAAUGAAAUAACUCUCUUGAAGAUUAGAAAAUGGCCACCGAGACGCUGUAUCCUAUGUUGACUAUAGUCUGUUCCAGGCUUUUACCACGAUAUAUGUAAGCAUGUUUCAAAGAAAAGUGGCCAUUCUUACUUUUGAGCCCGAGAAAUAUGUCUGUUUUAGCGCUGGGCACAUUUUCUCGCGCGCGACAUACUAAUUCUCGGCUGAGAACAGGUCGUUCCUUCGUCAGUACUUUAAGGCCGACUUCGGGGCAAAUGCUCUUUUCCUAACCAUAUUUCAUUAAGUAUCGUAACGCAUUGGCGCGCAAUGACUGCAUAAGGACGUAGUAUUUCUUGAAUUAGUUAUCACACUCAAAGUAAAAACUCUUGUGUUCUAAUUUCGUGGGUAGGCUGGUCUUAAUCGGAUCGACAAUAAAGGAGAUGUCAGUGAUGGACUUACAGGUCACCUAAAAAGUGUUUUCUUUUCCUUGACACUUACUAAGCUUGCAAAUAACUGCCGUGGAACAAUGGGCGGUCUACUUCAUUCAGUAAAUGUACCCAAUCUAGCGGAUAAAAUAUAUAGCAAAGUUGGUCAAUAUAGGUAUAAGUUAUUUGCGUAACCCACUAAAAGUAAAGUUCACAUGCUCUUAGAUGAUUCGCCCAGACAUCCAGUCCCUAGCUAUCUUGAACUACUGGAAAUAAACGUUGGUUUCCCCUGGUGUCCGUUUUGAGGAUGAGGAACGGAUGUGCAUUAGUGGAGGCACCCAACUGCACUUGCACAGACCAAAAGACACUGAAACGCUUCCUCAUUAAUACCCUAAGUAUUAUUAGGCCAUUUUUUAACCAUCGUGGAGUUAAGCGGAAAGAUUAGUGGGCAAUCGAUGUCUUUGUGCAGGAGUAUUUUGUACGUCAUUGAGCUGUCGCGUUGUAUCUGCGAGUCUUCCGGUCCGAGGGGCAUAUUAUUAUUACUGAUAAAGCGUAAACCAGGAAUCUCUGGAUUAUCACUCGUUCACUUACCAGAGGUUUUGCACUAAGGAAAGGUUUU